GAUCCUGAUGACCUACGACGAUAUUCGAUCAGCCCCUUUUCGGAAAAUGGACGACUUACACCACAGGGAUCCUCCAGAGGACUCUCACCAGGACCGCCACCUUUCUUCCAGCCAUCAUCAGCGACGCCACGGCGUGGAGGAGAUCUCACCGCGACCGUGAGAUCCUUUCUGACGUCACAGUGGCUACACAACGGCGGGCCCAUUCUGAUCGUCUGCGCCCAGUUCUUCGGCGCCGUCAUGAACCUCUCGGCACGCCUGCUCGAGGUUGAGGACGGCCUGCACCCCAUGCAGAUCCUCUUCGCCCGCAUGGCGGCCACCGUGGUCUGCUGCUUCACCUACAUGCGGUACCGGAACGUGCCCGCGGCGCCCUGGGGCCCCCCGGAGAUCCGCCGGCUCCUGGUGCUCCGCGCCUGCGCCGGCUUCGUCGGCCUCUACGGCAUGUGGUCCAGCAUCAUGUACCUGCCUCUCGCCGAGGCGACCGUCAUCAGCUUCCUCGCCCCCAAUGUCGCCGGCUACCUCUGCCGCGUCUUCCUCGGGGAGCCCUUCACCAGGCGGGAGCAGCUGGCGAGCUAUCUGGCCCUCGGCGGCGUCGUCCUGAUCAUGAAACCCAUAUCGCUCUUCUCCUCUCCCGGCCCGAACGACCACGUCCCUGCAGCGGAUGACGUCAACACCACCACCACCACCACCACCACCACAGCCAACACCACUACCCCCCACAUCGGCCUCGACUACGACCCAACGACGGCCGAGCGCCUCGGCGGGAUCGGCAUGGGCCUCCUGGGCGUAGUAGGCGCCGCCAUCACCAUCACGGCGCUGCGGGCGAUCGGGCCGCGCGCCCACCCGCUCAUCAGCGUCAAUUACUUCGGCGCUGCGUGCACGGCUGCGUCGGCCGCGACCCUGUCGCUGGCGCCGCUACUCGGCUAUGGGCAGCCGGACCUCGGGUUCGCCCUGCCCGCAGGCGCGCGGCAGUGGGCCCUGCUCCUCCUCGUCGGCGUCUGCGGCUUCGGCACCCAGUUCCUAUUCACGGCCGGGCUGGCGCGGGAGCGGACAAACCGCGCCGCCGGCAUGAUCUACACGCAUGUGCUGUUCGCCGCGGGCUUCGACCGGUUCGUCUUCGGGCAGACCAUGGGCUGGGCCAGCGUGGCGGGGUGCGGCAUGGUGGUCGGCAGCGCGCUGUGGGUGGCCAUCGGCAAG